AUGCCUGCACAGGGAAAGCCUUUCCCUCCUGGAAUCCACUCGCCAUGCCUGACAUGGUUCACCGACAAUGACACCCAGGAGAUCGACUGGGACCUCCAGACCGAGCACAUCAAGUUCCUCAUCCGUUCAGGAGUUCAUGGUGCCGGAACGAACGGAGAGGCCGUCACCCUCACAGAUGAGGAAAAGUCCAGGCUCGUCCGGACCACCGUCGAAGCAGCCAAGGAGCUCGGCCGCCCGGACCUGACCGUCACCAUGGGCUGCGGCGGCCAGAGCACGCGCGCCGUCGUCCACGAGACGCGCCUGGCCGCGGAGGCCGGCGCCGAGUUCGCCCUCGUCCUGGUCCCGAGCUACUUCCACUUCGCCAUGGACGCCGCCGCCAUCGUCGCCUUCUUCCGGGAGCUCGCCGACGCCAGCCCCGUGCCCAUCGUUAUCUACAACUUCCCCACCGUCGCCGCGGGGCUCGACCUCGACUCGGACAUGCUCAUCGAGCUCGGCGCGCACCCCAACAUCGUCGGCGUCAAGCUGACGUGCGGCGGCAUCGCCAAGGUCGCGCGCAUCGCCGCCGCCCACCGGCCGUCCGAGUUCAGCGCCGUCGCCGGCCAGAGCGACUGGCUGCUGCCGGCCCUCACGGUCGGGGGCACCGGGGCCGUCACCGGCGUGAGCAAUCUGUACCCCAAGUUCUGUGUUAAGCUGUAUGACCUCUACCAGGCCGGCAAGAUCAAGGAGGCAGAGGCUAUGCAGCUCAAGCUGGCGCAGAUGGAGUGGGGGCUGACCUGGGGCGGCAUCAACGGCACCAAGUGGGUGACGGGCAAGUUCCUCGGAUACCCGGAGGAGAAGCGCCACUGCCGGAGACCGUACCCCAAGUUCACGGACGCCGGCAAGAAGGAACGGAUCGCGGCCACCGUGAAGCCGUUGAUGGAGGACGAGAAGAAGCUGAAUGACAGUCCUCUUCUGCAAUAG